AUUUAGUGUUUCUGGUAUUAAAUGAUCAUGUGAAGGACAUGAAAAAUGAAGUUAGGUAUAUCAGUUAUUUUUCACUUUUCACCUGUCCAAAAACCGCAUGCGGCACGCGGCUGAGCAGAGCCGCUUCCAGCUCCUUCCCCAGCGGCACCGCCCCUGGCAUAAUCAUCCUGAUCGAGCUUAGUUUGAAGUUAUCCACCAGCAGAAUUAUUAGUGACAUAGAUGAUUCAUAUUUUUAUUAGUGUGAUGGUUGAAUUUGUCGCAGAAUUAUUUCACCUAUGAAACAUAAAUCAAUUAUGUCUUCAACUAGUCUUUUCAAGUGAUGUUUCGAAAUUAAUAAAGAUGAUUUUUAUAUUUCUACGGCCGAGGGCUAUAUUAGUAAAUUCUAUGUAAUUUAAGAUUGAAAUAGUGUUGCACAUAUUAUUAUCACUGAAUUUUUCAUGAUAAUAAAACAGUCAUUUUCAGCCAUAAUCAACGGGCCAUUUUCCAAUAAACGAGUCACACAGAAAAUUUAACCAACAAAUCAAACACUAUAUUGGGCCGUUAAAUGCUCUAUGAAUGCCCCUUAUUACCAAUUCAACCACACCCUUAUUUUAUAAAUAAUAACCCUCUCAAUCUCAACUCCUUUUUGUAGUGCAUAGACAUCACAUCCUCCGCAACCGGAAAUCGAAGAUGUACGGAACAAUGUCCGCUGAGAUGACGGUUGAUGUACCGGCAACUGAAGCGUGGAAGGUCUACGGCACUCGACAGCUCCCGGAAGUGGCGGAGGAAGCCAACUCCGACUUUAUAAGCCGGGUCGACGUCGUCCAAGGGGACGGCGGCGCCGGAACUAUUCUCGAGGUCGUUUUCCGUCCAGGGAUGGGUGCGGGAAUGAAUUCGUUCAAGGAGAAAUUCAUAGUGGUGGAUAACGAGAAGCGUGUGAAGGAGGCAGAGGUUGUGGAAAGUGGAUUUCUGGAUCUAGGGUUCAAGCUGUAUCGUAUGAGAUUUAAUGUGAUAGAGGUGGAGGGAAACGAGAAGCAGUGUAUAACUCGAUCUACGAUCGAGUACGAGCUCAAAGAGGAAGCUGCAGCGAAUGUUGAAAUCGCUUCCAUUAAACCAUUCACUGGCCUCAUGCUACUCUGUGCUAAGUAUUUUCUCCGCAACAAUGACAAUUGAUCAACUAUAGCUGCAACAAUGACAAUUGAUCUAAUAUUAACUUGGGAAUGCGUGUUUUACUUUCAUGUUUACUAAAA